AUGGCGUUCCGCUACAGCCUGGCGGCGGCGGGCGGCGCGCAGGAGGCGAGCGCCGGGCCGCGGGGGGCGGGCGCGGCGCGGGGCGGCGACGGGGCCGCGUCCGCCCCGCAGCGGCCCCCGGCAGAGCUGGCGGUGGGCGCCACGCUGGAGGGCACGAUCCGCCGGGCCGGGUCCGGGUUCGCCAUCGAGCUCGGCUACGAGAAGAUCGG